UAGAUUGAGCAGGAAAAAGCUUUACCAGCCGUAGACUGCUUGGUAUGGUACCCAGUGUUCCAUACCAUUGAUCGGUGGCCUUUUGACCUGGAAUACACCCAGCAGCCAUGACAACAUCUGGUCCCAGGGCCUGCUUUAUUCUCACCUUGCAUGUCGUCAUUUUUCUCUCACUGCUGUUCUACAACAGCUUCUUGACCCACCGCGAGCUGCAGAGUGACCCCAACGGUGCUCAUGGAGACAUCAGGAUUCUGGUGUGGCACUGGCCGUUUGGCCGCUCCUACAGUCUGGACGGGAACAAAUGCCUCAAGAUGUAUAACAUCAGCCGUUGUUUACUCACUGAUGACAGAGCUGACUUCUCUGCUGCCGACGUGGUUGUGUUCCACCACUAUGAGCUGAGCAGAGGUCUUUCAUCUGUGCCCCUACACCUGGAUCGACCUACGUCUCAGCACUGGGUGUGGAUGUCCUUGGAACCUCCUGUCAAUAAUGUGAAACUCACACAUUUCAACGGCCUCUUUAACUGGACGAUGAGCUACAGGCGUGAUGCAGACAUAUCCAUUCCUUAUGGGCAAACAAUGCUGGGAGGUGAUAAUCUAAGUUUUCCAGCUGCUCCAAAUCGCUCCUGCUUUGCCAGCUGGGUGGUCAGCAAAUACAAGCCUCAACAGACUCGGGCUGCUUUUUAUCAAAGACUAAAGAAGCAUAUCCCCAUAGAGGUGUAUGGCAGGUGGAACAAGAAACCCUUGCCAGACAAGAAGCUUUUGCCCACCAUUUCAAACUGUCUGUUCUACCUUUCUUUUGAGAACUCUGAGAAAAAAGACUACAUCAGUGAGAAACUCUGGAGGAACGCUUUUCAAGCAGGGGCUGUACCAGUGGUUCUCGGCCCCAACAAGGCCACCUACGAAGCCAUGACCCCCCCACAUUCCUUUAUCCAUGUAGCUGAUUUCAAUAGCCCAGCUGAUCUGGCAACAUAUCUGAAGGUUUUGUCUGCAGACAGGCAGGCCUAUGAGAAAUACUUGGAGUGGCACAACACCUACCGAAUUAAAACCUACAGUGACUGGAGAGAAAGGCUGUGUCAGAUCUGUGUCAGGUAUCCCAGUUUACCAGCCAGGAAAGUCUACCACGACCUGGACAGCUGGGUGAACAGCUAGUGUCUGAUUUCUUCACCAAAGGUUUCAGACUGCGGAUUCUGCUGAGUUUCCACAUGCAAAUGUAAAAUGCAGAACACUUGAAGUACAGUGGAAGAGAAUUUGUUGCACAGUCAGUUAAUUUUGGUAAACGGUGAGAAACUGCAAGUUGAAGCAGGUGGGUAGAUUGCUAAU